CAAGAUGAACAUUUCAAAAAGUGUUUUGCUAUUGAAAAGUAUAAAGAGCAACAGUAUAAUAGAUGUACAUAACAGAAUAAAUGUGUCUUUGCCAGCAUGCUGUCUGUGUUUUUGUAACCAAAAUAAUAAGGCAUUCAGCCAGUCAAGGAAGCUCUCUAGUGGAUACCAUUUCAGUCAUAAACCAAAUCAUAGAAUAUUUUUGCAACCAAAUUUCUUUCCAGAACAAACUUUAAAAACUUCAUUUAGUGGUAUCAGACAGCACAACUUUCCCCCUGAUGGCAGUUGUUUUAACAGGAAGGAUGCUUAUAGAAAACAGAAGAGAAACUUAAGUGUAACACCAAAAGAAAUUUUAGAUGCAUCACCAAAGAGUUUACAGCCUUAUCUAAGACUAAUCAGAUUUGAUAAACCAAUAGGAACUUGGUUGUUGUACUGGCCAUGUACAUGGAGCAUAGGUUUAGCUGCGGCACCAGGUCAUUUUCCUGACCUUUGGCUUUUGACCUUGUUUGGAGCAGGUGCAUUCUUCAUGAGAGGUGCUGGCUGUAUUGUUAAUGAUAUGUGGGACAGAGAUUUUGAUAGAAAGGUUGAAAGAACCAAACUUCGACCAUUGGCCAGUGGAGAAUUGACCUACUUUCAAGGUUUGUGUUGUCUUGGUGGGAUGUUGUCUGUUUCACUAGGUAUCCUUCUACAGUUAAAUUGGUACAGUGUCGUAUUGGGAGCAGCUUCCAUGGUCUUGGUUAUUACAUAUCCACUUGCCAAGAGGGUAACAUUUUGGCCACAGGCAAUGCUAGGGUUAACCUUCAACUAUGGGACUAUGUUAGGUUGGGCUGCAGUUACAGGCGGGAUAGAUUGGACCGUUGUUCUUCCCCUUUAUAUUGGCAGUAUGGCAUGGACUCUUUCCUAUGACACAAUAUAUGCUCAUCAAGAUAAAUAUGAUGAUAUGCUGAUUGGUGUCAAAUCAACAGCAUUGAAAUUUGGUGAUAAGACAAAGCAUUGGUUGAGUGGUUUUGCAACCAUUAUGAUUGGAGGUUUGACAUUGACUGGGGUUGCAUUAGAUCAGACCUGGCCGUACUAUACUGGUGUAUCAAUAACUGCUGCUCAUUUAGCAUAUCAGUUAUACACAGUAGAUUUGGACAAUGCUGAUGAUUGUGCUGCCAAAUUUAGAUCUAACACAGGACUUGGUUUUGUUAUGUUUGUCAGCAUAGUUAUUGGAACAUUAAUGAAAACACAGAAAAAUGAAAUUGAUCAACUUGAUAAUGAAGAAUGAAUUAUUUGUUAUCUGGAACUUUGUUAUUUUUACUAUAUUUUAUAUGACAAAAAGAUUUGUUACUAUAUAUUUUUAAUCUGUUAUUUUGUUAAAUGGUCUGGAUGAAAGGACCCAGUUAAAUAUGCCCAUCACUUCCCAUUCAUCAAUCCUUCAUCUUUACUGAACCUUCACAUUACCUUAUACUUUGAAACUAAAAGCUAAUCUAAACUAAACAUGAAAGUUUCUUUAUGGAAGUUUAUAUUGUUACAAUUCAACAACAAAAAGUAUGACUGCUGGUUUGUUUUUCUAUAUUGUCUUCUCGUUUAUUAUUUUUGUUUUUUAGCUAGAUGGAAAAAUUGAAAACAACACUUUAUAAAUUUCAUGCAUCUGAAGCACUUUUCUGGAUUUACCUUCAUCAGGAAACUCUCCAAGCUGAAAUGAGGAUUCCAUGGUUCUUAACAAAGAUUCAUUUUGUACCGGUUAAAUGUCAAACAAAAUAAAUACAAUGCCAAAUAAGAUUGGAUGAAAACAAUAAGUGAAAAUACAGGGAAAGUAUAAAGAUCCUUAAUUGUAUUUGAGUUGAAAGAAACGUUUCCAUUAGAAAUAGUUUUUGUUGUUAAGUAGAUAAUGGAACAUCCUGUUAUGACAGUGGUAUAUAAGUGAAUCGUGGUUGUUUUUGAAAUAUAUUUAUUGUGUCAUCAUUUUUAUAUGUUUUCAAAUUUUAAUGAAUUUUCAUUAAAAUUAAAAUUUA